ACACUAUAAUGGGACAAGAUAUGUUUCUAGACUACCAUAAUUAACUGCAACCAUUACAUAUAAUGUAAAAUUAUUUAACAUUUCAAAUUUUUUAGAGUUCUAUGCGAUAGUCAACGGCGAUUCAGUCGAAAUACUAAUUAAAUCUAGCACAUUUUACUGGUGUGGCAAAUAUCUAUAUUAUCAUUUUCCGUAGCUGCUGCUUGUAGAUCACGAAUUGAGAGCCAGAAAUGCUGUUGCCGAUGGGUUAGCAUUUUCAGCCAAUGGCUGAGGAGAAGAAGUGGGUGGACUUGUAUAGUUCAGACUCCAUUUUGUGUUUUGCAGCUGUGCGUCAUUUAAGAGGUUAUUUAACAGAAGCAGGAAACCCCUGAAGAUGAGUGGCUGUCGUGUUUUCAUUGGCCGUCUUAACCCCUCAGCUCGGGAGAAGGACGUCGAGAAAUUUUUUAAGGGGUACGGGAGAAUUCGGGACAUCGACUUGAAGCGUGGCUUCGGUUUUGUGGAAUUUGAUGACCCUCGUGACGCAGAAGAUGCAGUGUAUGAACUGGAUGGGAAAGAGCUCUGCAAUGAGAGAGUUACAAUCGAGCAUGCCCGCGUGCGGCUGCGUGGAGGGAGAGGACGAGGAGGACGCUUCCCGGACCGCUACAGCGAAAGGCCGCGGGACAGUCGGAGGAAUCCUCCUCCUCUUCGUACAGAAAACAGGCUCAUCGUGGAAAAUCUGUCCUCCAGAGUCAGCUGGCAGGAUCUGAAAGAUUUCAUGAGACAGGCUGGAGAGGUUACUUUUGCGGAUGCCCACAGACCUAAACUUAAUGAAGGGGUGGUAGAGUUUGCCUCUUACAGCGAUUUGAAAAAUGCUCUUGAAAAGCUGUCUGGAAAAGAAAUCAAUGGGCGAAAAAUCAAACUCACAGAACUGAAAAGGAGGUCUAGGACUCGCUCGCGAUCCGACAGCUCCUCUCGCUCCAGGUCCAGCUCUCGCUCCCGGAGCCGCUCCAGGUCCCGGAGCUCCAGGUCCACCAGCCGCUCCCGGUCGGCCAGUGGUUCUCCCACCCGCGACAAGGACUCAAAGCACGGCUCCCGGGCUCGUUCCAGCUCUCCGCCCGCAGGCGAGUGUCCGCGGCCCCGCUCCGAGUCGCACUCGCCGCGCUCCGAGGGUGGCCACUGAGCCCCGCCGCGGCUCACAGCCUCUGGACUGCGUUGGCCCAGGUCCGCACUCUUCUAACGGGCCUUCUGUCCCCGGGCUCUGCGGACGUGCUGUUGACGCAGGCGCGGGUGGCGCUGCCCGUAGUCCUCAGUCGCGGGGUUUGGAGUGUGCUGUGGACUGAGAGAACUGACAUCUUACCACUUCGCCAGCACGAGGUAAGACCACUUAGGGGCUGGAAAUCUAGUGGUUGUGGGCUCACUGAUUUAAACACAAUAAACAAAAAUCCCUGUGAGAUUUGUUGUUUUCUGACUUCAUAUUUAAAAUUGAUUGUAAGGUUCUGUAUUUGUAUCUUUGUUUCCCGCAUCUGCAAGCUGAUUUCAAACCUGCCGUUUUCAAUAACCAAUAGGACUUGAUGGACCUGUGAGAAAACUUUCGGCAAACAGUUCUUCCUCUCUGCUGGGGGGGAUGUAAAAUAAUGUUUGGGGUUUUUUUUUAAUGGUUCUGUGUUUUCCCAUGCUGUUUGAUAUAAAAAAAAAUCAACUUGAGCAGUUGAUGGUUCGAUGCAUUUUACAUCAUAUCCUGGAAAAAUGUUUCAGUUAACAUUGUAAAAUAUUCUUUAUGUGCAACUUAAGAAUAAAUACAAACAUACAAACCAG